AUGGCAAUGUUUUCAAUGGGAAUGAAAAUAUUUCUCGGUGGAACGAGAGCUGACGAGGAAGUGGCUGAGAGAGAUCGACUGGAGGAAAGCAGGAGGGCCCUGGAGAAACGUCUGGAGGGUCGGGAGACAGAGUUACGUGACAAGGAGGAGGAACUAUUUUUGCAUCUAGAACGGAGUCUACGUCUCGACGACGAGAUUGAGCGUCUCAAGGCAGAGCGUGACGCCUGUAUAGCAGCACGUGAGCAACUCGAGAGAGAGCAGACAUCGGCUCUUCGUCAAUUACAGUUGCAAGCAACUCAGAAUGAAAUAACCAGGAGGAACCUCGAGAGAGCGAGACAGGAUGUCGUCAGGCAGGCGACCGUCAUUCGUGCUGAACGUGAUGCACUGGAACGCGAGAACGUCGUUCUGAAGGAAAAACUGAGAGUUGAGCAAGUCGAGUUGGGGGCGGAGAGGAGGAGGAGGGAGGAGGGAAUAGCAGUAUUAACGCAUGAAGCAGCUACUCUCAGGCAUGCAGCACGUCAUCUUCGUGCAGCUGCAGUUCAUGCUACGUCCUGUCGUCGGCGCAGGAGAUGCUCGGUCUGUUUGUACGCCAAACGAACA